CGAGCUGCGCCUGAACGCCCCAUGAUAAAGCGGUGAAGGACCUGCCUCCAGAGGAAAGCCAGUCUGGAUGAGUCCAGAGCUGGAAGCUCCGCGGUCUGACAGGAUGGAGGGCAACCUUCAGCGGCUGCUCUGCGGGUCUUACCCCAGGAGGAAGUGACUUCCUGCUGAGUUUAAGGCGGAGGAGACUCCAGCAGCCGAGUUUGGUUUUCAGGUGGAUUUACUGACCCUGCUCCCGCCUCGAGCCGUGAAGCUGUCACAGGACCGCGUUUGCUGAAAACCAGACUGAACAAGAUGAGAUUUCCACGCGUGGAUGCUCCCCCUGAACAUGUGCAACACGCCGCUCGCGCGUGCCGCCUCUAACCGCUUCCCUGCGUGGACUUCGGGCUGAAACAUGUUCGUGUCGUGGGUCCCGGUGAGUUUGCUUCUCGGCUUCGUCGUCUCUCGGACGUGGAGCGUUCAGAUGUCGUGGGAAAACUGGAAGACAGAGCCGCGCAGCCAAGGGAACGAGUUGGACAAGACGAGCUCUCAGCCGCACAUCGUCUUCAUCUUGGUGGACGAUCAGGGCUUCCGGGAUGUUGGAUACCACGGCUCUGAGAUCAAAACCCCGACUCUGGACCGGCUGGCAGCCCAGGGAGUCAAACUGGAGAAUUACUACGUGCAGCCGCUCUGCAGCCCCUCCAGGAGCCAGCUCAUGACCGGCAGGUAUCAGAUCCACACGGGCCUUCAGCAUUCCAUCAUUCGAGCCACCCAGCCCAACUGCCUCCCCCUGGAAAAUGGCACCCUGCCCCAGAAGCUCAGAGAAGCCGGUUACUCCACCCACAUGGUGGGGAAAUGGCACCUCGGCUUCUAUAAACGUGGCUGUCUUCCCACCCAGCGGGGUUUCGACACUUUCUUUGGUUCCCUCCUAGGAAGUGGGGAUUACUACAGUCAUUACAAAUGUGAAGGACCUGGAAUGUGCGGCUACGAUUUGUAUGAGGGGGAGGAGGCAGCUUGGGAACAGGACCGUGGUUUGUACUCUACUGUGAUGUUUACUCGAAAGGCUAUCAGUAUCUUAGCCAAUCACAACCCUCGCCAAAAGCCGCUGUUCCUCUACUUAGCUUACCAAGCAGUUCAUUCUCCACUGCAAGUUCCUGCCCGCUACCUUGAGCGCUAUAAGGGCAUUCCAAACCCGAGCCGACGUAAAUAUGCUGCCAUGGUUUCCUGCCUGGAUGAAGCCAUCCACAACCUCACGCUAGCACUGAAACACUACGGUUACUAUGACAACACAAUAAUAGUAUACUCCUCGGACAAUGGAGGACAGCCUUUAGCUGGUGGGAGCAACUGGCCCUUGAGGGGGAGUAAGGCCACCUAUUGGGAAGGUGGCAUCAGGGCAGUGGGCUUUGUUCACAGUCCCCUGUUAGUUAAAAAAGGGACAAAAUGUCGAUCUUUGGUCCACAUCACUGACUGGUUCCCUACACUGGUGACCCUGGGUGAGGGAUCUUUAGAUGAAGAUCUGAGUCUAGACGGGUACGAUGUUUGGGAGGCUAUCAGUGAAGGCCUCCCUUCACCUCGCCAAGACAUCCUUCAUAACAUUGAUCCAAUUUACAUCAAAGCCAAGAAUGGCUCAUGGAAGGCCGGGUAUGGCUUAUGGAACACAGCCAUCCAGGCUGCGCUCCGGGUGGGACACUGGAAGCUACUUACGGGUGUACCGGGCUACAGCGACUGGGUGCCCCCACAGACCUUCUCCAGCCAGCGGCUAACCAAUCGCUGGCAUAACGAACGUGUCCGCUGGGACCGUGGAAAAUCCAUCUGGCUGUUCAACAUCACUGCUGACCCAUAUGAGAGAGUGGACUUGUCUCAGCGCUACCCGCACAUUGUGAAGAAGAUGCUGAUGCGGCUCGCGCAGUACAACAAAACUGCCGUGCCGGUGCGCUACCCGGCCAAGGACCUGCGCUCCAACCCCCAGUACAACGGAGGGGUGUGGGGACCCUGGUACAAGGACGAGAAGGAGCAACAGGAGGAGAAGGAGCGAUACAAUAACUUAUUCACAAACCAUCUUGGCAAAAGAAAAUGGAAAAGCAAAUCAAAGAAUAGAAAGCUGAAAAGGAAGGCAGAAGAGUAACUUCCCACAGACCUCCGUUUGCCUUUUCUCAGGGAUUAACGCUUCCUGUGUCAGGGUUGUCUUCCCAGACAUCCCAGCUCCAGGUAGUUUAAACUGACUCUAGAUGCUUCAGGAUCAAACACUGCUGCCGUCCUCAUACAGCCAGGACCUCAGGCCAGGGUCACAGACUGGGUUAGAUUUUGUUGCAUGCUUGAACUUUUGUCACUUUUGGGUAGUUUCUGUAGAUUUAUAGAGCACAAAGUAACCCUUCCUUGACAGUUGCCAUAAAACUUGGUGACAGAGAAAUAAAGUAAGACAUAGUUCUAUUAUGUUGUUAAUUGCAGUGCUUCAGUACAUAGGAUUUAUGGCAUGUGUUGGUUUUUAUAAGCACAGUCUGCCUGUACUUUAGAAUAAUAGAAUUUUUUCCCUCUUUUAGAGGUCUGGUCCGGCACCAGGCCCAGCUGAAUGUAAGACAAACUAACUAAAUAAAC